AAACGUGUUACCGCUGGUAGAUGGGAGCCGUGAAGAAGCCGGUUGCGGGAAAUUUUAGCUGCUGAAUGUAUGUCGCGUCGUAGCAUUUAUCUACAAUGAAUUCUGUUUUAAUUAACGCGGUUUUAUCCAGCUCUCCGGACUAUGAAUUACUGUUUAAAACGCUGUCGUGGCCGAGUGAGUCGUGGCCGGAGACGGAGCGGGUGGAGGCUCUGACAGCUUUCAUUCAGGGUCUGGGCUCGAUUUUAUCUGACUCGGACACGUUUACAGACGCGAAAAGACAGCGGAUUAUUGAAAAUGUAGAGUCGGUAAUUUGGAUACAGUGUCUGCCUUUCCUUUGUAAAAUAUCGACGGAAGCUGCGGAUGGUAGCAUGCGUUGCAGGGAGAGCACCGCUGCUGUCUGCGGGCUUGUGAGCGCCUGUGUCCGGCUGUGUGACAGGUCUGUACCGGGGAAGGUGGCUCUGUCCGUCCUACCUUCCAUCCAGAUGUCAGAAGAAGAGCUACCCGGUCCAGGACGACUUAACGUGGAGGUUGCAAAUGAACUCAUGGCUGCUCUGUUACCUUCUCUAUCAGCGGAUGAACAUCUCACACACACCAUCUUGUCACGUGUUUUGUCCUGCAUCAGAACACUCCCUAAUGCACUAGUUUCUAAAAUCACAGUCCGGCUUCUUUUAAACCUCCUGAAUUGCUGCAGCGAUGGAAGAUUAAGCACCAUCCUCAAGUUGAUCAUGGAUGAUCUGAGUAACUGGCACUACAAUAGUCGCACAUCUGUAGUAACAGAGCGCUCACUCCUGUGUUUGACAACCCUGUCAGACCACCUGAUGAGACCCCACAGUGACCCAGACCCACGGGUGAACAUCCAAUUUUGGAGGAUGGUUCAGGAUGGAUUGACGCACAGGGAUAGUGUUUCACGUAAGAGGGCGCUGUACCUGCUAAAAAGGUGUGUGGCCCUGUCAGAGGAGGAGGGGGUGGACACUUUUCCAUCCCAACAAGAUGAGACCUUGUUCAAAUGGACCUCUGACAGGAGCAAGCUGCUGAGAGAGUUCUGGGAAGAUUAUGCUCUGGUGAUGGAGACUCUGGAGGAGAACCAGGUUCAUGUCGUUCGGCCUGUUCUAAACAGAAUAGAUACGCUGAUCCAAAUGACAGCAAAUGACAGCCAAGGUCAUGGCCUCCUCCAUCCGUCCUGGCUCUUGUGUGUGUACCAACGGAUGUUCCACAGUGAAAAUAAAACCUUAAUGCGUGAAGGAGUCUAUCAUCUGCUGGCGCUGCAGGUCCUCCAGCAGCCUGCUUUUGCAUUGGCUUUUUCUCAGUUCAUCAUUGGACCCUUUAUGGAUGUUUUGUCUGAAACUUCGCUCUUCCAAAGGGCAGUUGGACAGAGUGUAGGAGAUUGUCCUGAACUGGGAGCUAAACUUGAAGUUUUCCUGACCACCUUCUUCAAUAGUCUACCAUCAGAUCAUAGAGCUUGUGUCCUUCUGCAGCUGAUCCAGCAGUUGGGCUCUAAGCACUGGUGUGCUGUACCCCUCCUCUUCGUCUCCCAGGCUCUAUCCAAACUGCCCCCAAGCCCUUUGUUAGGGAUCAAUGGGCUCACUGCGCUCAGGGAGGUGCUGCGCUGCACAAUGAUCACACAUCAGGUUCUGCUGAGAGGCGCUGCCCAGUGCUUCCUGCUGAAAAGUGUUCUCUCCUUGACAGAUGUGAGUGCAGUGACCCUUGAUGAUAUAUUUAGUUUCCUGAUGCAUUUCCGUGCAGAUGAGUCAUUGUGCAGAGGGACACAACUUUGGAAUCAGCUGUGUGUGUGGUUGUCAGACAACGAAGACAGCUUCAAGACCAGGGAGCAUAGCGGCAAGGAAAGUGUCAGAGCAUAUGUUCAAGAAGAGAUGUACACUUAUCUUCAAGUCCCAGCCAGCACAGGUCAGACCGAGAGGUUAGCUGACUCCAGCGAGGCCCACAGGUUGGCCAGAGCCAUUUUGCUGUGUGUGGACAUGGAAAAGAUCCGAGCUGCAGGAGAUAUCAGGAGCACUCUGGAGUCAUUACUGUCUCCACUGCUGGACACCUUGAGCAGAGUCAGCACCAAUAUCUACCUGCCUGUGAGAAAGAGUGACAAGAGCCUUCAGCUUAUGCUCCAACUGCUGCAGCUGGGACGAAUAUCAAGCAGUCAGCCCGGUGGAGAGGACCAAGUUGAUAAUGUGAUGAAUGCCAUGGAGAAAGCCAUUUGUAAUAUUACACAUCCUGUCCAAGAGUUUAUCUUGAGGCGGUUGUGUGGGGAACUUCAUGAGCUGUUUGACAUAGAACGUGCAGAACUUUAUCUGUGUGUCCUGAAGCAACUUGCAGUCAUGUCCAGGUCAACACUGCAGCACCACAGUAACACAGAGCAGGCCUAUUUCCAGAAGCUCAUCAGGUUCAACCUCAAGGUCCUGCAAGAACCAAACAAGCAGAAUCCCUCUGUUGCAAACCAGGUGGUUAGAGUAGUUGCUAUGGCAUCCCUUGCCACGAUUUCCAGUCUUGUGGAAGAGCAAGCGAUUGAAAUGCAAUCAGAAACUGUGUCAGUAUUCAAAGGACUGAAUGAGUACUUCUACAGUCCAGUUUCAUCUUCCCAAAUGUCUGUGGGACGCUUCAAUGAGACCCUCCUGAAACCACAAAUAGACAAUUUAAGUGAUACAGAAGAGCAUGGACCUGCACUACAGGACUGGGGACGCAUAGUCGCCCAUUAUAUGCGGGACCAGUGGACGUGCCUGAGUGUUCUGAUCAAGGCUGUUGGGAUUCCGGAGUCGGUGGAGAUUUCCAGAGCCAGUGAAACUCUCAAAGCUGCUCUGAGCUGUGGUGUGGAGGCCUUGGCUCUGCUGCCCAGUGACCUGGUGCUGCCUGUUUUCACUUUUACCGAGAGAGUGCUGCCACAACUGGUCCAUGAGGAGGAGCCUCUUUGUGUGGAUGCUGUGACUGUGAGUUGGGUGCUGGUGCAGGGACUGAGCACUAACGCUCACGACUUCUGGCCUGCACUAAAAGGCUUCAUCUCCAUGGCCUUCCACUAUAAACUCUUAGAGCUGACAGAGACCCGGGCUCCGAUGCUCACAGCAGCCAUGAAACAGAUCACCACCCAGCUGAUGGAGCUGUCUGACUCCAAGAGCGGUGUGUUCAGUAUGCUCAUCCAUCACUGCUGUCAGAUGUGGAUGCCCACAGGCCAAGGCAGCAGGAACCAGACUGGAUCCAUCUUUUCUAGUGUUUUCAGCCACAUCAAGAUACUGACAGAGGCAUGUGUGUAUGGACCUGUGUUUCGGAGAGAUCAGCGGCUCAUCCAGGAUGUCCAGACCUAUGUGGAGCAGCUGGGUGAAGAGUGUGCGGCUAAUAUUGCAGUAUCGAGUGAUAACAGGGACGAUCAGUUGCCGCGCACAUGUGUACUGUCUUUCCUCAGUCGACUGGAUUCUUCUGACUUGGAGCAUCAAAGACUAAUGGAAAAUUUAAUUACUGAUUUGUUAAAAAAGGAUAAUGAUAUAUCAAAGUCAAAAGUACGUUACUAUAGCAACUCCUUGCAACAUCGUGUGAAAAACAGGGUAUGGCAAACGCUGCUGCUGUUGCUGCCCAAGCUCAGAGAGGAGUUCAUUUCCACUUUGCUGAGCCGCGUCUUUGAGGCCGGAUUCUGUAGUAACCAGGCCUCGGUUAAGUACCUCAUCGAGUGGAUGAUGAUUCUGAUCCUUUCCCGCAAUCCUCAACACAUAGACAGCUUUUGGGACUGCUUCAGCAUGGAUCACGAAAAGACCAAGACCAGUGUCUGCACUUUCCUGUCAGUCCUGGUACAUUUCAGUGUCAUCCUCCCUCAUAUUAAGGAUAAGGUUGUACAGUUACGUAAAGCACUGGACAUCAUCCUGCAGUGGUGUUUCAACCAUAACUUCAGUGUGAGACUGUACGCCUUGCUGGCACUGAAGAGGGUGUGGAGUUUGGCAGAAGUCAGGAUGGAGGCAGAGGAAGGAGCUGAUGGCUUGCGAGGGCUGUCUACUGUGAUUAAGGCCUGUCUGAACCAGGCUGAGGCUAUGCAGAGCACUGGGAACGCAAACAAGAACUGGUUGAGGAUUCAGGAGCACUUUUUCUUUGGUGCUUUUCAUCCUAUCAGAGAUUUCAGUGUUGAGACUAUAUUUUACACUUUUCCCAGUCUGUCAGAAUUGGCUGACGAUGAGUGGAUUCCACCGUGGAAGUUUGAGAAGCUGGCUUCUUUCUCUCAAAGUCCCACUUGUCCGUUGAGAAACCCUGCUUCUGACCUGAGCCAGCUCGAUCCUGGAGACUGGAUCCAGCAAGACAAAAGUGAGCAGGAUAAGGAGGAGCGCUGGGCAGAUGUACAGAAGAAGAUAACCCCCUGGAGGCUGGGAAUCCAGGAUCAGGAACCAGAACUUCAGCUGGUUCCUCAACAGAGAGCUGCCCGAGUGGGGAAGCUGCAAGGCGCCCUGCUGGUUGUAGCCUCACUGAUCGACAAACCCACCAAUUUAGGAGGUCUGUGCCGAACAUGUGAGAUCUUUGGUGCCAGUGCUUUGGUCCUGGAUAGCCUCCGCCAUGUCAGUGACAAACACUUUCAAUCCCUGAGCGUCUCAUCAGAGCUGUGGCUUCCUCUGCUGGAGGUGAAGCCAGUGGAACUCAUUGACUUUCUGCAGUUGAAGAAGAGUGAAGGUUACUGUAUUGUUGGUGUGGAGCAGACAGCCAACAGUCAAAGCCUCCAGGAAUACCAUUUCCCUGAAAAGACCCUUCUACUGCUGGGUAACGAACGAGAAGGCAUUCCUGCCAACUUACUCCAAAUGUUGGAUGUGUGCGUAGAAAUCCCUCAACAAGGAGUCAUCCGCUCGCUCAACGUGCACGUCAGCGCUGCCCUGCUGAUUUGGGAGUAUACGCGGCAACAUCUCACCUCUAGUCUAAGUGAAGUCAACUCCAAACUCAAGUGAGGAUUAAACCAUGAGCGCAGCUUUAAGGACAUGACAUUCAGCCUCCAAAUGUGGAAACGUUGAAUAUCUCUUCAGCUCUGUGGCUCAGAGUAUUUGAUUGUGGACAUUUUAUUUCAGGAAAUCGAGUCCAGCGUGUGAAUAUGAUCCAGUUUCUGUGCAUGAAAGUACUGCAGAUCUGAGGUUUUACUCUGGUCAGCACUUGGUAUUGUUUUUGUGCCUUAAUGGAAGUCAUGAAUAGAGAUCACUGCUGGGUAUUAUAUCUAAAUAUUCCACUGGGUAUGCUGUUGUUAGACCUGUUAAGAGAGGCAAUUUCUGUUGGCAGAGCAGCCGUAUAAACGUGGGUUUUUUUCCCAUUUCAGGAUAAGUGUCCUCUUUGUUUAACCAAUUAGGUUUUGCCUCAGAGAUCCAGGAGCCAAGUACAUAGAAUAAAUAAAUGCUGCUUUUGUUCAUGGCCUCAUUUUAUGUUUUAACAGUAUUUUAAUCCACUUGGUUUGAAAUUGUACAAUAACAUUUUCAUAAAAGUGAAUAAAUGAGUAAAUCUUUGACAUUUGAUUCA